CCAUGAGCUGUCAUUUAUUUUCUUACUGUUAUUUGUGAUAGUUCUUACAAGCAGUAUCCCGCACGAAAUACUAAGUUACCCGAAACUGAAGAAUAACGAAAUCUUUGAUAUCACAAAGAGAAAUACCAAGCUUGCCUAGCUACCUAGGUAUUCGUUGAUACCUGAUUGCAUGUUAGGAGGUAGACGGGUAGGUUCAAGUAGGUAACCGGCCGGUGGUUACACAAACUGUUGUGCCCUUGGCUGUUUGCUCUCAUCACAGUAUUUUAAAUACCAGACCUUCCAAAGGUUAGUCAUUCACCACCUCUCUUCCUUUUUACUUCUCAUUCCCAUCCCAAUAGGAAGUAUCACAAUGAAGAUGUUUGACGUUGCGGCGAUAAUUCCAAGUAUUUCCCGCUCUGUUACUAGGCUAAAGAGGUUUGCCUAUUCCGCCUGGAAGCGAUUUAUGAAAAUGGAUACUUUUGAUUAUUCCCGACUGUCUCGACAGGUAAUGGAUUUCCUUGGUUCGCUCUGGAAGUCAUUUACGGCGUAUAUCGCACAACCACAUGUCUACUGGGCAAUAAUCGUCUGGGCACUUGUGUUUACAAUCGUUGUUACGUUUGGGCUGUGCUUAGGUUUCGGUCCAGCAGGCGUCAUUACAGGCACAAUUGCCGCUGGCUUCCAGUCGGCUAUGUACGGCGGAUUCACGCCAGCCGGAGGGAUCUUCGCAUCGCUGACGAGUCUUGCGAUGCUGCAUCUCCUCGCACCCUCACUUAUAGCAGCUGCGGCAAUUAUCGCCAUGAUUCUAGCGGUAAUCAUCUUCAACUUAGUUCCGGACUCAUAGACAUAUUCAUGUCUAUGCAUUUUCAUCGUAAUUGGGUUACUAAACCGGUACGCUUAAGGAACAGGCGGGGAAUAAUUGAUGGGAGGAUGUGACAUUAUAAUUGUAGCAUUGAGAGAUGUUAUGAAAAUUAUGAGUGUGUACAGCCAUGUUCGUGAAAUAUAUACGUGAGCUGUGAACUACAUAUUGUUAAAAACUGAUUGGA